CAACUCUCAACACAAUGAGAAGUACAACCACUUAUCUGCACCGCGCAAAUUUGCGUCUAUGUCGCUUGAUUUCAAGCGAGGGGAAUUUCUUCGCUGGGGUGUCGGCUCAAAAUCCCAAGGCCAUUAAACCUGGCUAAGUGACGCUGGAAAGAUACCCCACAUGGACCGUCACCCCUCCAAGGCUGGUUUAUGAAGUUGCAAAAUGUCGGCUCUCAGAGUGAGCAUGGGCUCACUGCACCCCCCUCGAAGCGUCCAGCAAAUCACCAAAGCUGCUCAGGACUAUGAAUAUGACGCCCAGAUUCCCCUACGAUACUGGCUCCGGUCUGCCCAAGCGAUGCUGAAAGAGGCAGAGGUAUAUGUCCGUGAAGGCGACGAAGAGACGACGUACCUUCUGCUUUUCCGACAUGCUCACCUUAUCCUGUCACAGUUGCCGGCUCACCCGCAAGCAAGGGAUAAAGCGAAUAAACUGCUGUUGAAAGAGGCGGAGAAAGAAGUCAACGCGAACUUCAAGGUCCUAGAUUUGCUGAAGCCCCGAAUCAACGAGCGGUAUGAGCGCUACGUCAAGCUCAUCAAGGAGAGGGAGGCAAGGCGGAGUGCACAGGCGCAGAACCAGUACACCAAUGACCCUCCUAGUCCGCGGCCGGCGCAGGCACAAAGGCCCCAACAACUCCAGGCACAUGAAAACAAAGAGCUAGCAGUCAGACUCUUGCAGAAGGAGAUCUCUAGGAGAGCUGCGAGUCGACAGGCGACCCAGACGUCUGGGAACGAUGCAGAGGACCUGUCCCGAAGGCUGCAAGAAAUUCGAGCUCGCGUUGAGGGAAGAUCAAAUUUCUUUUCGCCGGGCUCAGAGACGAGACCACUUGGAUCUAUGGGCAGCAAUGUGACAUAUCAGUAUCCAACCGUUCCCGCGCAUCAUAAUCAGCCUGCGCUAGGCACUCCAUCACCUCUCGUAUCAUCUCCCAGCGUCCCGAGAGGCCUUCCGGUGUCACCUCCUGCAUUACCGCCGAAGCCUGGCGGCAGUGUGGCGGGGGUGCCGCCUCGUCCAGAAAAAGUGGCGGAUCAACAACCUGCAGCAAGAUCACAGACACCGGAACCAGUCCAUAUUUUUGCCCCUGCAGCCUAUCUCGAAAAUGGGACGCCAUUACGGACCGUAUUUCUUCCGCCAACCUUGCGGACGACGUUUCUGAGACUGGCUCACAAAAACACGUUGGCGAAUUUGGAGACGUGCGGCUUCCUAGGUGGGACGCUGAUCGCCAACGCCUUUUUCAUUAGUCGGCUCAUUAUUCCCUCACAAACGGCGACAUCGGAUACGUGUGAGAUGACGAAUGAAUCACAGCUCUUUGACUAUGUGGACUCGGAGGACCUUAUGAUUCUCGGCUGGAUACAUACCCAUCCGACGCAGACGUGUUUUAUGAGUAGCCGAGACUUACAUACCCACGCGGGAUACCAGAUGAUGCUUGCGGAGAGCGUUGCGAUUGUGUGUGCGCCGAGCAAAGGAGACACAACCCACGGUGGCGACUGGGGAGUAUACCGUCUAACCGACCCUCCAGGAAAGAAGACCAUUCUAAGCUGUGAACAGCCAGGAAUCUUCCACCCGCACAAUGUUGAGAACAUCUACACAGACGCGCUCCGACCAGGGCAUGUCGUAGAGGCUAGAGGGAUGGAAUUUGAAGUGGUGGAUCUUCGAGAUAAGUGAUGCCGCCUUGAGGCCUGACGGUGGAAAGCCUGGCUCGCAACAAUGUGCCAAAAAUGGGCUACAAUGGGUCGGUCUAUUUGCAUGGGGCUUUCGAACUCAGAUAUGGGGCAAGGGAUUACAAUCAACAACUGCACGCACAAGGUGCUGGGACGCGACUUGCUUAUAUCUUCUUGGCUUGAUAUUGGCAUUGAUGCACGCCGUAUGGAGUGCUGGCUGAUUGUUAUGGAGAUGAAUAGAUGAUUGUGUGUUGUGAUGGCCUCGAGGACAAGUUACCCGGUACUCCAUAUAUGUUCCAGAAAUACCUGCUCGAUUGCAAGCCAUGGCGCACAACUUCGCGGGUGUCAGCGGAGUCUACACCCAGCCAAGCCAGAUUCUGCC